UUUGGGAAUUAACCGCAUUAACUGGUUCACUGAGUGUAAGUCUGUGUGCCAGUUCCCGCUCUUCGCCAUCAUUUCUAGCUCCUGGGGGCUAGUACUUAUCUCUACUUGCCUAUCUCAACCUGAGGGCAAUGCUUCAGAGGAGACCUGGGCUAAUCUGUAGAGCACAGGACAGAUUUUUGGAACAUAAUCCACUAGCAGCACAAUGGACUGGACUGUAAGACCACAUCAUGCCACCAACUUACAAGCAAAGGAUUUUCAAGUUCAGGGACUGUAUCCAUCACAGCAGCCUGCGUCUGAAUUUUCUCAAGCAAAUGUAUCAACUCAAAAUUCUUCAGCUUAUACUGGAAAUAAUCAAGCUAUAAAAAUACAUUCUAGUACUGAGAAUCAACUAUCUACUCAAAAUAAUGUGGGAUCUAAAACCUUUCAGCCACUUCUCCCAAAGCCACCAGUACCUGUUUCAGGCUUUGAGACAACUCAACAUUUUGUUGACCAGAACCCACUUACGCGACUUUCCAGCAUGACUGUCCAAAUGACAUCUGAUGUGGCUAAGAGCAUCUGGCCAAAUUCUAAUGUUUAUAUUUUCUCCCCUGUAGCACCACAACUUAGCGCAGCAAAUUCUGUGCAGAGACCACCAAAUCAGUAUAUAGCCUCAGACAUGUAUAAUAAUCGGCCACAAAAAAAAUCUGUACGAAGUUCAGUUUUUUGGGCUCACGUAAAUAAUUCCUAUUCAAAAAGGAUGCCAGUGAUAACUCCUAAGCAUCAGCCUGCUAAUCCUCAAACACAUGCUACCGUGCCUCAUAAGCAGGUGUCAAGCCAUCUCCUAAGUUCUCAGCAGAACUCUUCAUGCCUUGCUUUUUCUUCAGGGCAAAAUAUUCAAAACCAAAUAAAUGACAUAAAUUCAAGCUCUGCAACAGCUAUGCAGUCACAGCAGUUUGCCUCUAAUUGUGUAUAUUCUUCACCAUAUACCACAUCUACUCAUUAUGCAGCCCAGGUAAUCCCUCAAGCCGCUAACACAAAUUUUCUACCACCACCUCCGCCAUAUGUAGCGCCUCCUAUACAAAUAAACCAUGGACAGUUUGUACAACUGCAACAAGUUCCAAAUACGUCUAAUGAAAAUGUUCAAAACCGUCAGACUCUUGAGUUGGAUCAAAGUAGUGUUCCAUAUUCCCUUCAGCAUGUUCAGCUUCCUGAGUCUGUACCAAUCUCUAGAGGAACGAAUGAAGUAAGAGGUGCUGCAGAUGGCAUACAUGGACAUGGUGCUGAAAACCAGCCUUCCAAUGAGUUGAUUAAGUCAAGAGUUGAGGCUUUAAAGAGUAUAUGUAACAGCCUUCAAAUACCUGGAACUAUUCCUCUUGAUAAAAUGUCAACACCACAGACAGCUAGAAGUAUGGUAGAGGAUAAUACAGCUAAAAGCAAUGCUGUUGAUAGCCUAAAACCUACAAGAGAAAGUCUGGAAGUGGAUUAUAGAAACAUUCUUGCAAUGAAAAAGAAAUUAUCAUAUUUGGAGAACAAGUUUAAGUUAAAACAUGAUCUAUAUCAGUGUGCAGCACAGAAGUCAAAGUCAGAAAACUCUGAUCCCAUUGUUCAUAAUCCUGAUCUUUUGCUUCCUGCGUCUAAUACCAGUCAGCAACUUGCUCCAGUGCCACAAACUAAUACCAUUCAGCAACCUGCUCCACUGCCACAAACUAAUACCAGUCAGCAGCCUGCUCUGCUGCCACAAGCUAUCCAUCAAAUACUUUCACAUCCAUCAAAUAAUGCGACUCAGAAUCUGACUUCCUUGCUUCCACAUGACAAUGCUCAGAAUCAACCACCUUCACUCCUUGCCUCAAACUCCAGUCAAAUCAAUGACAAUUCCUUACAGUCAUUGAAGACAAAAAAUCAUUUGUACCCAAUUCUUCAGGAUUUACUUAAAGGUACUUGUGAUGAAGCAAUGUUGCUUAAUACUCAUGUUGCAAGUACUGAGAGAAAUCAAAUCAAGCAAUCACUUUUCCAAGAGAAGUGUUUCUCUGGUUUUGCCUUAGAUUCUAGUGGUGUUAAAUCUGAAAGCAGUGUGAAUGAUAUGGAGAGAGCUUCCAGGCUGAGCCCUAAAACCUCACAGGCUAUCUCUACCCAAGGUUCCUUGACAUCCACAAAUGUUAGUCUAGAUUUUGAACAAACUUCUUCGUUGGGCAAGGAUCAGUUACCAAACAUGCCUGACGUGUCUGGGGGUGUCUUGUUUAACGGCUUUGUACUGAAAAAGGAUAAAGUGGGAAGAACUGUCGCUAAAAUAUUGACUAAUCCUCAAAGUACAGUUCAAAAUCCAGCUGAAUCUUCACAGUUAGGGGAAAAAUUAGGAAAAGAAAGAAGUAAAAAUUCCCAGAAUCUUAGAUCUGAAUUUAUUCAGCAGAUUAAAGACAAUUGUUUCCAAACACCUGGUAAGAGCAUUAGAGGUUGGAACAAUGGGAAUGAGAUCUCUAGCUCAGUGUCUCUUGCUACCACUGUUCCAGAAGCAGGUAUAGUUCAGAGGUCUUCAUUUACAGGGUCUUUUUGUACCAUGGGAAGAACUUGUUCUUUGGAGGAGCUAGAAACAAGUCUUGCUUUGUGGAGAAAGAGCCCUGCUGCAUGUCCAAAUGAUCAAUUAGGUGACAGCACAAAAAUAACUAUGUGUUCAUCCUCAUUGGACAGAGUAGAGGACAAAGAGAUGAAGUAUCCCAUGAAAAACCUUCCAAAUGCAUUAACACACUAUGAGAAAUCUAGUAUUACAGUUGGAAGAAAUGAAUCAACUCUGUCUUCUGUUUCUUCAUCUCUUGUACAAAAGCUUGAUGCUGUAAGUUCAAGUCCAUCAAAGAGCUCUGAACCCCAAGUAGCUAUUGUUCCUCCUUUAAUUCUUUCUAAAGAGGGAAUUUGGAAUGAAGAACAGGGGAAAAAAUUGUCUUCUAUGUUUAAAAAAACAUUUCCAGUUAUCACAGAAGGCAGUGUACGCAGUUUACAUGAAUUUGGUCUCACAUCAUCAGAUACUGAUAAACCAGUAAAAGGAACUACUUGUUCUCUAUCAGAUUCCUGUGUUCCUGUAAAGGAAGUAGAUUCCGAUAUGCACCAGAAGAUAGCCAAAUCCACUGAAGAGAAUGGAAUACAGGGAGCUGAAAGUGGAACAGCAUGCUCUUAUGAUCCAAACCAGGGGCUAAGUGGUCCUUUAGAACUGGAAAAAAAUACACCCGAGCUCCAUUCUAGAGGCAGUUUUCCACCAAGAACUAAUGAAGAUACCUCAAAUCCAGUUUCUCAAAAAUGUGCUCUGAAAGCCAGUUCAGAUUUGGUAGAACCAGAAGAUACUGUGCUGAAUGAAAACAUGUUGCAGAUAUCCAGUGUGUGUACUUUAGUUCAAGGAGAUGCAUUUUAUAAUUCACAAAUAGCUAAUAUCUUUAAUACUAGUUCUAAAACAGAACUUAACGCCUCUUCAGAGGACCAGGUGCCUGAUUCAUAUAAUAAAGAACAACAGUUGAGCCACGGGAAAAGAGAAUCUGAAAUGAAUGGGAGCACAUCUGUGGGAGAUGUCUUGUUACCAUCACUAGGUACCCUAUCAAAAGCUAUUGCAGAAAAGCUGUUAAACUUACCAGGUUUAAAGAAAUCCCAAGGUGGUAAAGUUCCAAAUGAAGCAAAUGUAAGACGGUCUGAGGAAGAAAAAACUACUGAAUUAGUUAAUGCUAAUUCUGGAAAGGGUCCUGAGCAAAAUAUGUCCUGCAGUGAUGUUCAUAGUAGUGACUUGGCCAGUGGUAACCAAGAAGUACCUGGAAACAGUAUUGCUGAUGAGGGUAGCACACACAGUAUGCAAGAUUUUCUACCCAGCACUGAGAAUCAAGUGCAUUCUCUGAACAAUAUUGACAUCUCUCUAACAUUGCCAAAUGAUCAGUUGACUGAACUCUUAAAAGAAUUUCCAUAUGGAAUUGAUGGUUCUAAGGCAUUAAAGGGAAAUGAAAAUGAAGAUUCUGCAACUAAAGCAAAUAAGAUAAAAGAUGCACAAGAGACUCAAACUUGUGGACAGAACCCUGAAGCAAAUGAUUCGCUGGACCAAAUAACAAUCACAAUAUUAAACCCUCAACAAAUGAAAGAGCUGUUUCCAGAACACAAUAGUCAAUCCUCUAACAAACUGGAAAAUAGAGAAAACGAUAAGAUCACAAUAGCUUCAAAAAAUACAAAUAAAAGCCAUACAGGCACUAUACUUGCAGAGAGUACAAAUACCUCAACAGAAAAAGUCCAAAAACCAGCAAGUCACUCAUUUUGCUGUGUAACAGCUUGGUUAGCUUUAAAGUAUGCACUGGACCCUUGUGAACAUAUGUUGGCUAAAGAGGCUGCUUUAAAGCAGCAGUUGGUUGAGAAUUUGCCAUCUGAAAUUAUAAUUAAAGAGGAAUCAGAAACUAAUGAGACUUCUAGUACUGAUUUUCAAUUAAACAAUCAACCGCAGGCUCUAUACCCUAUUAGCAAUAACCUUCCUUCAGAAGUUGAAAAUAACAGAAUUUUGAGUAAAACCUUUACACACAGAGAAGAAUUGCCAGAAAAAGUUGAGAUUGAUAAACUGUGCAAACAAAAAUGUACAACAUUGGUUUCUAAAAGUCAAGAACGGUUGUAUUCAGGAACGGAUGACUCAAAAGGGGAAUCUAUAAGGUCUGCCUACAAAGAAUCAUCUGACAAAGAGAGGACUCCAAAAGUGGUUGAUAAAUCAAAGUCAGAUACUCUCCAGCAUAGAAGUAUGGAAAACAAACACAGUAAAAAAAGAGAAAAAUAUAAAAUUAAACGGGAUUCGAGUGAAACACACAUAAUUAAAGGACCAACUCGCCACUUUAAAAGGGCGUUGAAGAAACACAUUGCAAGUAAGAGGAAACAGAAAACUAAAGACAGACCAUAUAGUACUGUUACAGACUCUUCAAAUAACAUUGACUUGAUUUCCAAAGCAUACAAUAAUUCUCAGCAUUCACAAGAACAUUUAAACACAAAGGAAUGUGAAAUUGAGAGAGAUUUGGAGAAUAACAAAGCUGUGAGAACAGAACAUAGUGAAUCCAGUAGUUCUGAGCCUGUUGAGCAGAAUAAAGGCAGUCUUGCAAGAACAAAUCUGAAGAAAUUUGCCUAUCAGGAAGAGAGAGGAAAUGUAUGGAAAUACAGACGAUCACUUUCAGACAAUAUCAAAACUUCUAAAGUGCAGACAUUUAGAGGGCAAUAUCUUAAUAUGUUCAAAGGGAGAACUCUUUCUGAUAAAAAGGCACCUUGUAAUAGAAAAAGCAAUACACUUACACUUCAGAGAGAGCAAAAGAAAAAUUACUUGAAUAAAGUUGCAUUCAAGCAGACCGAACAGAGCAUUUGCUUGACAAAGUUAGAACAAUCACCUUCCAAAUCUGUCUGGCAUGUGAAAUCAAGCAGUGUUUCAGAAAACUCUGAAGACAAGAAAAACUGUAUUUCAUCUUCCCAGCAAUCUGAAGUGGUGAAACCCCAGAUGCUUGAAUUCAAGAUGUGUCCAGAAAUAGUGUUUAGAAAUUUGGUAUCUGAAGAUGUUUCAGAUGCAGAGCAGCUUCCUGAAAAAGAGAUCAUUCCUGUUUCAGCUGUCAAAAGUAGAAGAGAAGAUUGGUUAAAUUAUACUCCCCAGAAGAGAAGAAAAACGGAUGACACUCAAGCUGAUGAUCGAGUUCCACUUGAUACUGCAAUGGAAUUAUUGGACAAGAAUGAAGCUAUUAAGAACUCCAAUGCCAUAUUUGAGACCUACAGGAAGAUGCACCUGGAAAAAAGCCGAAGCCUGGAUAACAGUCCUAUUAGCUAGGCAUCCAUAAGUUUUGAGCAGCAUCAUGGGAACAUUUAUUGUGAUCUGCUUUACCUGACUGGACUGUGCAGUAGUGUGACAACUUUAGCCAGACAAUAAUAAAAUGAUGGCACAGUGGAAAUUAGUAAUUGUACACUGUGUGUGCUUACAUUCCAUUUUAGUUCAGGGAAUGAAUGGUGACAAUUUUAUCCCUGUGCCUGAUAAAAUAAUCGAGCGACACUGUUUCAGCUGGUAAUCUUCCUAAUCCUCUGUACUUCAUCCUCUAAUUUAUUAUGUUGAUAGACCAACAAUGCAAAAAAGCAGAAUGUAGUCUUGUCUUUUUUUAUGUGGGCAUUUAAAUGGAUAUUGUGACUUAUUAACUUUGAGGGAAAACAUGCAACAGAGGCAGGUAAGCAUUACCAUAUUUAUCAGGGAACCCUGUCAACUAGAGAUGCUGCUAUCUGGUUAAAAUUAAUUUUUACUUUCUUUGUAGUUUCAGUUGAUGGGGUUUAUGAAACAGGAGUCUGCACUGUGUUUAAAAGAAACAAAGACUGAUGUUAGAUAUGGGUUGCAAUGUUAACUGAUUGGAGAACAAGAUUGUAUUUUAACUCCAAAUUCACCAGGGUCAAGAUCUCAUUUGGAUUCUUCAGAUAGUUACUGUAAAUGAGCAAACCGUAUUGUAAGCUAUAUUAGCUAAUGUUUCAAAUCUCAUGUUCUACAAGCUGUUCUAAUGUUGAAUGUUAUUUUGUGCCUUUUAAAGUGUACUGAAACAAUUUGAAACUUAUGUUACAUUCAGCGGUAUUUUUAAUGGGUUUCAUAUUAAAAUUGCAUUUUGACAA